AUGGCAUCUGGAGAGUGCCUUCUGCUAGACCUAGAAACAGAUAACCUCAUUUUCUAUAACAUCUCUGUCAACCAGAGUGCAAACGUCUCCCUCCCUGGGGAAGACUGGCUUUACCCAGCGUUCCUUUAUGCCAUCCCCACAAUCUAUGGGAUCAUCAUUCUGAUAGGCCUUAUUGGCAAUAUCACUUUGAUUAAGAUCUUCUGUACUGUGAAAUCCAUGCGAAAUGUCCCUAAUUUGUUCAUUUCCAGUUUGGCCCUGGGAGACCUGCUGCUUUUAGUGACUUGUGUGCCUGUGGAUGCCAGCAGGUACCUAGCUGACAAGUGGCUGUUUGGCAGAACUGGAUGCAAACUUAUCCCCUUCAUACAGCUCACCUCUGUAGGGGUGUCAGUCUUUACUCUCACUGCUCUCUCAGCUGACAGGUAUAAAGCUAUAGUUAGGCCAAUGGAGAUCCAAGCAUCCCAUGCACUGAUGAAGAUUUGUGUGAGAGCUGCUAUAAUCUGGAUUGUAUCCAUGUUGCUUGCCAUCCCUGAAGCAGUAUUUUCAGAUCUGCACCCUUUCCAUGACAAAGAGACUAAUAAAACCUUUAUCAGCUGUGCUCCUUACCCUCAUUCAGAUGGGCUGCAUCCCAAAAUCCACUCAAUGGCAUCAUUUCUCAUAUUUUAUAUUAUUCCCCUGUCAGUCAUUUCAGUGUAUUACUAUUUUAUUGCUAAGAAUUUGAUCCGGAGUGCUUACAACAUCCCCGUGGAAGGAAAUGUGCAUGUGAGGAAACAGAUUGAGUCCCGUAAGCGCCUGGCCAGGACCGUGCUGGUCUUUGUGUGCCUCUUCGCCUUCUGCUGGCUGCCCACUCACAUCAUCUACUUGUACCGGUCCUACCACUACUCCGAGGUGGACACCUCGGUGCUGCAUUUCGUUGCCAGCAUCUGUGCUCGGAUCCUGGCAUUCACUAACUCUUGUGUCAACCCCUUUGCUCUCUACUUGCUCAGCAAGAGCUUUCGGAAGCAGUUCAACAACCAGCUGCUGUGCUGCAGAGCUCGCCUGCUCAUCCGCUCCCACAGCAUGGCCAGGAGCACCACGCGAAUGACCUCCCUCAAGAGCACCAACCACUCCCUGGCCACCUUUAGCCUGGUCAAUGGCAACCACAUCUGCCACGAAGGCUGUGUCUAA